AAACGUGUAGUUUCGUCACAAAAUACGAGGACGAGAGUCGGGAGCCUGAUUGCUUACAUCGUAACCGCGAAGAAUGCCUAGAACCUUACGGCUUCCGUUUAGCUGAACGAAUAGUCUCUUGUCGAGGUACUGUAUGAUACUUAGUAAGCUCAAUUCAAUUCGACGGAUUGUAUAAUGACAAGAAAAAUACCUUCUUGAGCUCUGGUUGUGCAGGCGCCAUCUUGACAGUAUUUGCUCGAUUCUGUGGUGAGAAGCUGAAGACGUGCAGCAAGAAAGAUGGUGGAUGUUAGAUGUUGCUAUUGAUAAAUAGAGAGCCGACUCGGCUCAGCCGAGUUCAGCAACGGGCAGAUACUAAUGUAAGAUAAUAAUAAUAAUGUCAUAGCUCAAUUCUUUAUCGAUAAGCAAUUCCUAGCUCCAAAACCAAAGUUACAAAGUUACAAAGGUACAAAGCGAACAAGUGACCUUUUCAUCUUUCAUUUAAGUUGGUAUUCAACAUUCCAGGUUACGGACUUCAGCGGACGGACAACUCAUUAAACCCAUAUAAAAUGAGCGCGUUCGGUGUCAAGCGAAAAGCGCGAAAGAUCACAGUCCAAGAUGACGACGAUGACACGAUCUCACCCGAAGCUUUAAAUCCACUAGAAGAACCUCAGGGUCCAGCGUUGCAACCCUCGUUCAAGACAAGUCGAAACAAACCAUUCAAGCAUUCAUCUCUACGGAAGAGCAUAAAUGUCGAUAAGCUCGAAGAUGACGCAGCUUCCGAUCAACUACCUACCUCUACAAAUAUCAAAACGGAAGCUGAAAAUGACGAAGAUGAUGGUGCACCUUUACGAAGCCGGCCGCCGUUAGGAGGAAGGUCAGGAUCUAGCAAGAUUAAGAAAAAGGCAUCUAGCUCGCGUCUUUCGUUUGGUGUCCCUAGCGAGGAAGUUCCCGAAGAUGAGGAUUCCAUGAUACUUGGAGAGGAAUUCUCCACACCUAAACGCUUGUCGACGCUUGCUCAUGCCGUAGCCGAAAAUAGCGCCUACAAGAAGGGCAUUGCGAAGAAUCUACCUCUCGGCCGCUUACCCAUGCGCUCCAACGACACCGACGAUAACCGUCCGCGCUAUAGCAAAGAGUAUCUCUCCGAGCUCCAACAAUCCACUCCAAACACGCCCCAGGACCUUUCUAAACUACAACCUACCUCGGACGACGAGAUGAUCCUCGACGCAUCCGAGCUCGAAGGCGCGCUAAUAGUAGACACUGCACCAACCCACCCCGCUUCUUCUCCCAAGAAGACAGCGAUCCUAGCCGAAGCCGAGAUCCAAGAGAAGAAAGCCCGCCGCGCCCGCCUAGCCAAAGAAGGCAGCAAGGAUACCGACGACUUCAUCUCUUUGUCCGACGACGACAAUAACAACGACCGUCGUGGAGCCGGGGACUCGUAUCUAACCGUCUUAUCCCGGCGACGCGAACCCAAGCACAUGAAGUCGUCGAAAGACAACACGCGUCUAGUCGCCGAAGACGAGGACCUAGGCGAGGGCUUCGACGAGUUCGUCGAGGACGGCGGGCUCUCGCUAGGCAAGCGAGCGGAGCGAGAGGCGCGCCGGCGGCGCCGCGCGGAGAUAGCGUCGCUGAUCACGGCAGCGGAGGGCGGUGGCGGGGAGGGCGGCGAGGAGGAAGAGUCGGACGACUCGGAAGCGGAGCGGCGGGCAGCGUACGAGGCGGCGCAGACGCGGGCCGGGAUGGACGGGCUAGCGGAGGAGCGGCGGAAACGGCUCCUAGGCGCGGGCGCGGGUGCGGGUGGGCAAAACCCGCAAGCGAUCAUACCGCGGAUCACGCCGCUGCCGGACCUCAGCGUGCUGGUGGCGGAGUUCAAGGCGCGCAUGCGCAGGAAGCAGGAGGACAUGGCGAGGCUGCGGGCGCGGAUCGAGGAGCUGCGGCGCGAGAGGGAGGGGAUACUCGCGCGCGAGCCCGAGGUCCAGAGGCUGCUUAAUGAAGCUGGCGAGCGGUAUCGCGCGCUGAUGAUGGCUGGCGCUGCUGAUGCGCGCGCGGGGAACGCUGAAGGCGGUGGUGGUGGUAGUAAUAAUAAUGGGGGUAAGAAUGGGGAUGAUGCUGUGGCUGGUAAUAAUGCUACCACGACAGGAACUUUCGAAGCCGCGCAGUCGCUUUUGGAUCAAGUUAGAGCUGGCGGUGGAGGAGGAGGCACCCCCGGCCAGAGAGGAUUGGAUAGUUUGGGGACUACGCCGGUGAGGCAGAAGUCACAGGUGGAGAUGGAGAUGGAGAUGGAGAUGUAAUAUGAUAGGGCAGACAUAAUAUGUUAAGAUGAUACCCAAAUACAGUACCUACCUUGUACCCAAUACACAGAAUACCAG